AUGACAAUUUUCACGGGAUACCCAGGAACUCCGCCGGUAGACCCGGAUGAGCUCGCUAUUCCACAAGUUGUGGACGAGGUUCGAGUGGAACGAAUGAAUGUUUUGUUGAUUGAAGUUAGUUUUCCAUACAACAGAUUAUCAAUUUGCUUUACAGCAACAAAGAUUGUACGAAUGGUGCGAUAAUGCGAGAAGAACUGUCGGCGACCGUAUCCAGCCAGUUCGGGCUUACAUCGAGAAUGCUCUCAACGCUGGAAAGUAUGAAUGAACACAAAACAGUUAUUUUUAUCAGAAACAAAACUAAUUAUAGUUUUCCGUCAUCCGAUCUGGAGUUCAUCAAGCUGGCCGUGCAGGCUCUCUACUAUUGGCCCAAUCACUUGUUCCGAUUGAACUUUAUUAUCCUGCCAUAUUACCUGUCGCACAGGGCCCCUCGCUACCUGCUGAUUCAUCCGACUGAGGACACUUACGUAUGUGAAUUGGAGCGCACUCAUAAAGUUAAUACGGGUUUCUUUAACAGAUCUUUCCCACUCCGGAAGAAGUGGCCGCCGAGCAGGAGGCCCGUCGUCUGCGUGAAAUGGGAAUAAACAUUGAGAACCAAAGACCGCGAACUGAAGACGGAGAGAAUAGUGAGCUGGGACUCAGUACGGAGGCACAGGGAGAUAGCACUGAAAACGAGGAUAACGUCAUCCAUCCGCGUGAUCAUGGAAGGUACCACUGA